AUGGACUAUCUCAAGAUGUUCCUGGCUACCACUGCUUCGUUGACUACGGCAUCGGCUUUACUUUUGUACAAAUAUCAACAGAAAUUGAUUUAUCCUAAUCAUCUUGUGGCAGAUGGUGCUGGAGUUCCACAUGAUACUCCAGAUUUAUAUGAUCUUGAAUAUGAAGAUUUAAUAAUUGAAACAAUAGAUCAUAUUAAAAUUCAUGGGUUUUUAUGUCUUCAACCAAAAUCAAGAUUAAAUUUACAAAAUGAAACAGUAUUAAUCCUUAAUCCCAAUGCUGGUAAUAUUGGAUUAGCUUUACCUACAGUUAAAAAUUUCCAUAAUUCAGGAUAUAAUGUCUUAAUUUAUGAUUAUAGAGGUUAUGGUACAUCGACUGGUGAACCUUCAGAAAUUGGAUUGAAAAUUGAUGCUGAUACUAUAUUAAAAUUUAUUGAAAAUCAUGAAAUAUUAAAAGAUUCAGAGGUAACACUUUAUGGAAGAUCUCUUGGUGGUGCAGUUGCAAUUUAUUUAGCUUCCAAAAACCAUCCAUUAAUUAAUAAAGUUAUAUUAGAAAAUACUUUCCUAAGUAUAAGAAAAACAAUUCCUCAUGUUUUCCCCUUUUUAAAACAUGUAUCUUGGUUAUGUCAUCAAUUAUGGGAUUCAGAGACUUUAAUAACAAAAGUUCAAUCAAAUGUUAAAUUUUUAUUUCUUAGUGCUGAAUUAGAUGAAAUUGUACCACCUUCACAUAUGAAAAAAUUAUAUGAAUUAGUUGAAGAAUAUGAUUAUAAGAAAUUCAUCUUGUUUGAAGGUGCUCAUCAUAAUGAUACUCCUUUAUAUCCUGGUUAUUGGGAUAUAGUUAGUGAUUUUUUAGAUUUAUGA